AUGGCAUUGAUCUCCCCACUAUCACCUUGGUCUUUGGGGCAGCAACUAGGACUAGCGGUGCUUGUCUUCACGGUUGCUGUUGUGUCAGUCAUCGUCUAUGGAUGCUUCUUUCAUCCUAUCGCCCAUAUCCCUGGCCCUUUUCUGGCUAAGUUCUCCCCGCUAUGGAUCAUGAGAGCUCUGCAUCGGAUGAGGUUCAAUUCGGAACUGCAAGCUCUUCAUCAGCGAUACGGGCCUGUGGUACGAGUUGGACCCAAUGAAGUUUCCUUUGCUUCCCUUGAAGCGGAAACAGCGAUCUACGCGAAGCAGGAAGACGGUCGCUUUUCCAAAGAUGGGACCUUCUUGACGCUUUUCUCGGACCUCGUCUUGAACGCCCCUACACUGAUCACAAUACCUGACCCUGCACUUCACAAGAAGUUGCACAAGGUGAUCCAGCAAGCCUUCACCCCUCAAGCGCUUGCGAGGCAAGAGCCCAUCCAGAAGUUGCAUAUCGAUAUGGCCAUGUCCGAAGUUGAAGAACUCGCGCAGAAGGGCGGCGCCGUGGACAUUGCUGACACAUUGGAGACGAUGUUCUGGGAGAUUAUUGGUGAUCUUGCCUUCGGAGAACCUCUCAUGUCUGGAAAACGCCCUACUUACGAAUCUUUGAAGCAGCUUGGGAAAUCAACGAUGCCCAUGGUCGAAGCCUUGAGCUUUUUCCUCGCCAUGCCUGGGAUAGCUUCACUGCUUGAGAGUGCCAGGAGCCUGGUGACAGCGUUACCGUUUCCGUCACAACUCUCUAAGCUUGUGCCAUCUUCAAAGCUGCGCGACUGCGUCGAUAGGCAAGACGGAAGAGAAGACUUCUUGACCGCAAUUAUGGGCAGCGAAAAGCAGGGUCUGACGCUCGACGCAGAUGCAUUCUUUAGCAACGCCAUGGGCCUCACCCUGGCGGGAUACCAGACGACAGCUACAACACUGGCCGCCACUUUCUAUCACAUUUUGCGUUAUCCCGAUGCGUACAACAGAGUCUGCUUUGAAAUUCGCUCGAACUUUACCAAUGAAGAAGACAUUACGGGCGAGCGGCUGGCCAGGUUGCCGUUCCUGAGUGCCUGUAUCCGGGAGACCCUUAGGUUGCUUCCACCGGCAAACGGUAAAACGGCACAGCGUACCGCUCCAUCUUGCACCAUAGAUGGCGUACACAUCCCUGCCGGUACCACCGUCUCCGCCGAUCUCUACACAAUUCAAAGAUCGCCCGAGUAUUUCGCAGAUCCCGCCACCUUCCGCCCUGAAAGAUGGCUUGAUGGUGUUGAGGAUACCGAGUUCAGAGCAGACAACAGAACAGCUUAUCGUCCUUUCCUCAUUGGAAGCAGAGCAUGCAUUGGAAGACACAUGGCACAGCAGAGUAUCCGACUGAUCGUUGGGAAGUUGCUUUGGAGAUACGACCUUGAGCUGCUAGAUCGAGACGGGUUCAUAUGGGAGCGCGACGCUGGCAGCAGCCUCAUCUACACGGAAUACAAGGUCAUGGCUUCUGAGGCCAUUCGACACACUCGUCCAAACCACGAAGUCGCAGUGUAUGCUGAAAGCGAUACCGAUGACGAGUUCAAGCAGCCUGCGAGAAAGAAGACCAAAAGAGAGCGAGCUAACAGCAGUCGUUCAACCACCAUCACGCCAGAUCGAGGGAACGUGAGCCAGCAACGGCCGAUGAGACGUUCCAAGUUCCCGUUAUUGUCCCUGCCGAUCGAGAUCCGUUACAUGAUCUACAACAGUUCCACCCCUUCCGACGAAUUCCUGAUCGUCAACCGAGACCCCGGCCCCUACAAACCCAUUCCCAGGCAAAUAUACGGGAACAAAGUCAUCCAUAACCUCCACAAAACCUGCAGGACGAUAUCAUCGGAGACUCGGGAGAUCAUCUACCGGCGCCGGUUCAUCGUCCAUGAUAUGAAAACACUCCGCGCCUGGCUUGACAUGAUCGGCCCGCAGAACCGUCAACAACUACGCUCCAUCAGACUCAGCCGACCCAGAGUAUCAUCCGAGAUCAGGUGUAAAAGGGUGGCUUCGGCUGUUUCUAGAGAAGGCCGGGAUCAGCUCGCGUACCGCCGCCAGUCGCGCAAGCUCUCUCGUCUGCUGUUGGACUGCGACAACCUCCAGAACCUGGAGCUGAAUUUCCGGUACUGCUUUUACAGUCUCCCGCCGCUGUCGUUGGGGCACACUACGUGUCUGCGGGAGCGAUACGCCGCGGAAAUCAUGUACGAGGAUUUCUGGGAAUUCUUCCACCACAGGCUCGACCGUGGUGAUUCGCCAGAGUCGCUGUGUUGGAUCUUGAAGGCUGCGAGGAACAACUUUCACGCACUACCUGGAUUACCGAGUCCUGAUGUUACGGCGGAUGAACGGCAAUGGGAUUGUUCAGAGCAUAUCGUUGCGGAAUAUGUCAUGUUGCUUCUCUGGAAAGACAUUGAGUUGCGAGGCGGGCCGAAGAGCGAUCCAGAGCGCAAGCUGCCUCCGUCUGCGACUCUGAUGCGCUGUCAGAAGUGGAAUAAUCAAGACUUGCAAUGA